GUCGCUGCACAAGCGUUUUUAGAGAAUUCUAUAUAUGGCAAUAAUUUUAGCUGUCAAAAGUGUCAAAAAUAUUGUCAAACGAGUUUACACAUAACCUAGAUUCUCAAAUUCUCAUGUUAGUUCAUUCGUUACGGAAGUUUAUAGUUUAUAUCGUAUUAUAAUGGCUAAACCGAUUAGAAGCAGUGUGAGGAGCAUGUUAUUUAAGAUAAUCUGUAACUAUAAUCAAGUUCGACACGACGAAAAUGAGAGAUUACUAGAAAAGAAGCGAAUAUUGGACGAAAUCAUUCAGGCGACCGCGGGCGUAGAUGACGAAAAUGUUAGAGAAACUAUUCAAAAGCUAGCAAGCGAACUGAAGAAUGUUAUUGAUAAUAACGCAUCAGAAUCAAGUUAUUUAGAGAAAGUGUCUACUAUGACAGGUGCAAGCAUUCGUACACUACGCACAAUUAAAAAAGAGGGUUCUAUUAACCAAGGCCAAUGGAAUACGCCAGGGAAAAAACGACCCCGGCCACCAACUGUGUCAAAUUUAGACAAUUUUGAUGUGUCAGCCAUCCGUAAUAAAAUUAAUGAGUUUUAUUGCGUCAAAAAGCAGGUACCUACUCUAAGAGCCUUACAUGCGGAUUUGAAAGAAUCUAUAGGAUUCUCAGGAUGUUGUGAAACACUGAGGAAAAUACUACACGAGAACGGAUUUGAGUUUAAAAAAAAUAAAGAAGAGCGCUCCAUCCUCAUGGAAAAGUUUGAAAUAUCUGGGUGGAGGCAAAGGUUUCUUAGAGCUAUACAUAAAAAACGGGAAGAAGGAAAAAAUAUUGUGUAUCUUGAUGAGACAUAUGUCCAUCAAAAUUACAGACCGAAGAAGUCAUGGCAAGGGCCUUCAACUUCCGGUUUAGUUGAAAAAAUUUCCUCGGAGAUCCAAUAG